AUGGCUAACCAAUCAAAUCCAAGUAUGGUUCGCCCCCCUCCCCUGAUUGAUAAUGAAACUUUCAAAAGAGAGGCAGUUAUCACAUGGUGUGCCUUUUACGUCCAAAUUGCUUUCCUUGCAGUCUUUGGCAAUGGACUAGUUGUGGCAUCCUUCAUUCGGUACUCGCGACUACGUACGAUAACAAAUUACUUCGUGGUCAGCCUCGCUGUAGCAGAUAUCUUGGUCGGCCUCGUCUCCAUACCCAUAUGGAUCUCCAUGCUACUUUAUUCAACAGGAGGUAAAACUUUAGGGAACAUUUACUACAUCCUUGACAUCUUUGCCGGUACCUGCUCCAUUCUGCAUCUCGUGACCAUCAGCUUAGAGCGCUUCUUUGCUGUGGUUUAUCCAAUUCGUCGCCGAAACACCUCACCCAAAGUCUACUAUAUAUUUUUGGUGGCCGUGUGGAUUAUUCCAGCCGCAGCAUCUCUAUCUGCACUGGAACUAAAGGAAAUCAACCGCAAAGCUAAUAUGAUGUUUCUUUUCAUGGGAUUUUUCGUAAUUCCAUUGUUGGUUAUUCUGUUCACUUACGCAAAGAUUUGGCUCACGGCCAGGAAUCGAAUACAGCCGGCUCGGGACAGUUCACGAUCGAUAAAACGUGACAUGCGUAUUGCAGUUACCAUUGCGUUAGUUAUUGGCUUUUUCGUAAUUGCCUGGUUACCUUUCUUUACAGUUCAGUUACUAAUAGUGUUUUGCGAGUCAUGCAAACCCAGAAUUUACAACACCGACCUCCUUUUGUUUGUAAAGUAUAUGCAUUACAGCAAUUCAGCGAUCAAUCCUAUUGUCUACGCUGUGAAAAUCCCAGAGUUCCGUCGAGCCUUCAAGCAGUUAGUUUGCUGCUGUGAUAGCGGAACCCCAUCCGUCACAGAAAUUGUAUCAGGAACAGACAUGCGUGUCGCCUCACAUACCUCUCACGAAAGAGCUUUGUCGCAUUAA